GCCGCCGGCGCGGAGCCCGCGGAGCCCCGCAGCGAUGGGUCCCGGAGAGGCGCUGCCCGCCCGCCCGUCCUGCCGCGCGGGUGCUGUGCUCUCUUUUUCUUGCUGUGACUCCUGCCAAGCAUGGUGCCAGAUCAUCAAUGUGUCUGAAUCACACUCUGCUUUCAUCACCUCUGUGGAGGGGACUGGCAAUGAAACAAACUGGAGCAUUUCCAUGCCUUCUGGAAGCAAAUACCACCUCUACAUUGGCUUGGCUUUGGCAAUAGUUUCCAGUAUCUUUAUUGGUUCUAGUUUCAUACUGAAGAAGAAAGGACUUUUGAAACUGGCAGACAGAGGAGUCACCCGAGCUGGACAAGGUGGAUAUUCUUAUUUGAAGGAAUGGCUUUGGUGGGCUGGACUGCUAUCAAUGGGAUUAGGAGAAGCUGCAAACUUUGCUGCCUAUGCCUUUGCACCUGCAACCUUAGUUACCCCCUUGGGUGCACUGAGUGUUCUCAUAAGUGCUAUAUUGUCAUCCUAUUUUUUAAAUGAGAAGCUGAAUAUUCAUGGAAAGCUGGGCUGCAUACUGAGCAUUUUGGGGUCAACGGUCAUGGUUAUUCAUGCCCCAGAGGAGGAGGAGGUCACCUCACUAGAUGAGAUGGAAAGAAAACUGCAAGAUCCAGCCUUUGUUACAUUUGCUGUUCUCCUAACAGUGGUUGCACUUGUCCUGAUUGUUGUUGUGGCUCCAAAGAGAGGUCAGACAAAUAUAUUGAUCUACGUUUUAAUUUGCUCACUCAUCGGUGCCUUCUCUGUCUCGUCUGUGAAAGGCCUGGGCAUUGCCAUUAAACAAAUGCUGGAGCAGAAGCCAGUCUAUGGCCAUCCAUUAGUUUACAUUUUAGUGGGCAUCUUGGUGCUCUCAGUCAGCACUCAGAUCAACUAUCUCAACAAAGCACUGGACAUGUUCAACACAUCCCUGGUGACACCUAUUUAUUACGUGUGCUUCACUACAACGGUGGUGACAUGCUCCAUCAUCUUGUUCAAGGAGUGGAGUAGUAUGGAACUGGGUGAUAUCAUUGGAACCCUGAGUGGAUUCUGCAAUAUCAUCAUUGGUAUUUUCCUAUUGCACGCUUUCAAAAACACUAACAUCACCUGGAGUCAGUUGAUGUCCACUGUUGCCAAAGAGUCAUCACUACCACACCUUGAAUUUGAAACCAGUCACACUUUGCUGGAAAGCAUGGAAGACCCAGCUUUGGCAUAUGAGGAGGACAACAUUUUAUUCAGUCAAUGAAAUACUCAAGGAAUGUUCCUCAUCAAAGUAUCACAAAUUGCAAACUCAGCCCACCCAUGUCUACUAGAAUGCUCUACUUUUCUGCAGUCCUCUGGAAAUUUGUCUGUGAGGCCUUUGUUAAGUGUGGGCCACUCCUCUUGCCAGUUGUUAGCGUAAUGAAUUAAAAUGUUCAAUAAUUAGCAUGACAGGCAGAAACCUGGUAGUGAUUGUAUGUUAGGCAAAGAAAAACAUGGUCCUUUUCUUAUGCAGCAUUUCUUCUUGGGAAAUUUUAGUAAAAACCAAUGGUCUUUGUAAGCUACAUUUAAAAAAUGCAAUUUUCUUUUAAUGCCAAAAGACAAUCCUUGCUGAAGUGACAGGUGCUCCGCUAUUAUCUUGGUGAUGGCCUUAAUAUUUCUGGCUUUCUUUAUAUUUUUAUAAUUUAUUGCCAGACAAGCUUGUAGAUACUCUACAUGAAGGAUAUUCAUUGGAGACAUGAAGAAAACAGUGUUUAACCCUCUUAGCUUUUAAUAUAAAAUUUUAUGCAAGACUUUUUCAAUUUGAUGACCUGCCAGUGAACAUUGAUUAAAUGUCACAAAAAAAUUUUAGCAAAUACAAUUCUUAAUAACUCUCAUCUUUUCUACCCAAGGCAUCCUAAAUGGAUUGUGAAUCUCUGAAUGUACGUCUACCUUUUUAUUUCAAAACUAAGACCAAGUUUAAGAAAAAGAAAAUUCACCAGAGGCCUGAAAAAAGCUGCUACUGGCUUAAAUAGUUACAUGAGCUUAUAGAAUUAAGUAUUCAAAGGCAGAAGAAAACCAGAACAUGCAAUUAAAAAUUUUCAUUUUGUUCUAUAUUAUUUUGAGGAUUAAGAAGGGGCUUUACUUGUUUUUAUACUUCUUCCUAGUACUGCCAUCUAUUAAUUAAAACCCAUUUAAGCUUUUCAAAUUUUUUUCCUCAUUUUCUGGAAAGAUAUUGUUCUUUAUUAAUAAUAAAGCAGUCCUGUUAAUUUUUAUACUUUUAUAAGUGCAAAAUCCAUUUUACAAUCCAUGCACUACUUCUAAAAAUACUAGGUAAAGGAUGGACUGUAGGCAAGGAGUGAGAAACAUCAAAACAUCUCUUUUUUUAGUUUGGCCUUUUCAUCUUUUCUAAAAAUGAGUAUUCACCUCUAUUAGACAUUUAACAAUAUGUUAAUCCACCAGAGGCCUUGAAGAUUGGUAUCUAUACAACAGUAUGUUCCUCAGUUGUGCUCACUGAUCUUCAUGCCACAAAAAAGCUUGCACAGUCCAUGGUUUACUCAUUACAAUCCCCUUUGUUUUCCACUUUGUCAGUAAGUAAGUAACUUCAGCAAUCAGAUGUGUGGAUGGUGACAAGCUCACCAGAAAGUAGUAUUUCUAGUCUUUGGAUUUUUAAGUGUGAGUCCAGAAAGUUUUCCAGAGGAUGCCAGCACUUCAGCAGUUAAAAACUGGUUUUAAUCAGAUGAGAUUUAUAUGCCAAGCAGAACUUCCUCAUGGAGCAGGCUAGAUGUUUUGUAAUGUUCAAAAGGUUUAGUAGAAGAGGACAGUUUGGAUAGAAAACUGUUCCACCAAAGAAAGCUCCUAAUUUAGCUGUAAGAACAAAAGGGUUGCUGCUUAUAUUUCACAUGUUUAUGUGGAAGCACUGUUACCCAGGAAAAGGAACAUUUUCACAAAAAAUGUACUUGCCUUCAAAAUAUAAUGACAUUGAAUACAUUGUCAGUUUGGAAUAUUUUUCAGCCAAUUGACUGAUGAGACUUGCAGCAAUUCUUUGCUGUUAAAAUGCAUGUGUUAAAAACGCUUCAGAGAACAGGGUUUAAUUACUUCUUAGUUAAUGUGGAGAAUACUUUGGUUUUAUUGACCAGAUUCAAGCUUCAAAGUCUUCAUAGUUAAAAACAAGUAAUAUAAAUAAUAAAAAGACUAAAGAUGGAGGGGCUUUUAUAGUUUGUUUUUUAACAAAAACUUGAAUUGCUUUUCACUCUGAAUUACACAGUUCAGAGAAUAACUCAAGAAAAUAUGGACUGUAAAAAAGGGAGAAAGAAAUGCUUUUGCAUAGUUCGUGGCCUCUUUAUUUGCUUAUACAAUCAUCACUGUUGUGUGACCAAAUGAGUUAUUUGUAAGAAAAAGCAACCAGUCCCAUUCUUGGAUGGAUGUGUGUUGCCUUUUUUUAAAGAUAUGUCAUAUUACUUUCUCUGAGAAGAGUGUGGACUCUUUUCAUACCAACUGCUGGCAAUAAUUAACUUGUACCAAGCAAAAUUCCUGUAUUUUCUACUGGACCUGUGUAUCUGCUAUUACACAUAAAUAGCAACUAAUAAUAAAAGAAUGUUAAUGUCAAAAAACAAAGUUAAUGCUUAUUUUCAUGGUGCACAAGAAGCCCAUCAUGUUAAGAAAUAAAUUAGUGGCUAACUUUUGUAUAAAAACACUUGUUGUAAGAGAUGUUAUUUUUUAAAAAUGUUUAGUUACUAGUUUGGAAUAACUUUGAUUUUUUAAUUGAA